UCCGUCGAAGAUGGGUCAAGUAAAAAGAGAAAACAUCCAGAAGUUACGUCUGAAACGAUAGGUCGUUUACUGCCCAUUAUAGUAAACUUAUGCCCCCAGAGAGAUGUGCCGGAUUUUAUUACAAUAUAUCGACCAAAUGGAACUGUUAUUGAACUCGGAUAUAGCGUUAAGAAAAUAUUUAAAGAAGAAGCCUCGGUUAAGCAUUUAGUAGAAAUUUAUGAAACGCUACGUGAGAAUAAAGUUAGAUAUACUGACAAAUUGGAACAUUCCACUUCGCAUUGUGUUUAUUUGGCACCACGUGGAUUGCAACGAACACCAACCAAUCUCAAAGAAUUAUUGCAAGC